AUGGGUGGAGAACUAGUGGUGAUUAACAGUGGUUGGCAGAGCAUUGAUGUCAAAGAAUCUAGUAGUCCAGACUCCAGCAUUCUCAUUAAUACAACUCGUGAUUCCGAGUCUUCUCUAAACCCAACUGUUUCUGGCCACCAAGCGCCACCAAUCUUCAUCUCUUCUUCUUCUUUUUUUGCUUCUCUCUUUCUAUUUAUUUUAGUCCCACAUCGACUAUUCUCAAAGUUCACCGGAGAUCGGAUCUUAUAUAUAUAUAUAUAUAUUUGGUAUCGUAGGCUGAAAGCUGUGAAGAUGGAGCAUCUCGUUGAGGUUGAGCCAGGGCGCGGCGCCGCCGAUGGAUGCCCUUCCGCCGGACCCGUUUACCGUAGCGCGUUCGCGAAGGAUGGAUUUCCCCCGGCGGUCUCGGGCAUCGAGAGUUGCUGGGAUGUAUUCCGAUUGUCGGUGGAGAAGUAUCCCGGGAAUAGGAUGCUUGGGCGGCGCGAGAUUGUGGAUGGGAAGGCCGGGAAGUACGUGUGGAUGACUUAUAAGGAAGUCUACGAUGUUGUGAUGAAGGUCGGCGCUUCAAUUCGAAGCUGUGGUGUCGGGCAGGGAGGUCGAUGUGGUAUUUAUGGUGCUAAUUGUCCUGAGUGGGUCAUCAGUAUGGAGGCUUGCAAUGCUCAUGGAAUUUACUGUGUUCCGUUGUACGAUACCCUUGGUGCUGGAGCAGUGGAAUUUAUUAUAUGCCAUGCCGAAAUUGAAGUUGCUUUUGUGGAAGAAAAGAAGAUUGUUGAGGUGUUGAAAACCUUUCCAAAUUCCACAAAAUUUUUGAAGACAAUUGUGAGUUUUGGAAAAGUCACUCAUGAACAAAAAGAAGAGGUCGAGAAGUUUGGUUUGGCUAUUUAUUCUUGGGAUGAGUUUUUGCUCUUGGGAAAUGAUCAGCAGUUUGAUCUUCCAAUUAACCAGAAGACCGAUAUCUGUACUAUAAUGUAUACCAGUGGAACAACUGGUGAUCCGAAAGGUGUGAUGAUCUCCAAUGAAAGUAUCACUACUCUUAUUUCUGGUGUGGUUCGUUUGCUUGAUUGUGUCAAUGAGCAGUUGAGUGAGAAGGAUGUCUAUAUUUCAUAUCUCCCUCUUGCACACAUUUUUGAUCGGGUGAUUGAAGAGAUGUUUAUCUUCUGUGGAGCUUCAAUUGGAUUUUGGCGUGGGGAUGUCAAACUAUUGGUAGAAGACAUUGGGGAGCUAAAACCAACUAUCUUCUGUGCUGUUCCACGUGUGCUUGAUCGAAUUUUCACAGGUCUGCAAGAUAAGAUCUCAUCAGGUGGCCUUCUAAAGAGCACAUUGUUUAAUCUCGGUUUCAAAUACAAACUGUAUAACAUGACAAAAGGAGCCAAGCAUGAAGAAGCAGCUAAGAUUGUUGAUAAGAUUGUAUUUAACAAGGUAAAACAAGGGCUAGGUGGGAAUGUACGACUCAUCUUGUCUGGAGCAGCUCCGUUGGCUACCCAUGUUGAAGAGUUUUUGCGAGUGGUGACAUGUGCUCAUGUCUUACAGGGCUAUGGUCUCACAGAGUCCUGCGCAGGGACUUUUGUGUCUCUACCAAAUGAAUUAUCAAUGCUUGGCACUGUGGGCCCUCCAGUUCCAAAUGUUGAUGUGCGCCUGGAGUCUGUCCCUGAAAUGGGUUAUGAUGCUCUUGCUGCCGUACCACGGGGAGAAAUCUGCGUCCGGGGAAAAACUUUGUUUUCAGGAUACUAUAAAAGAGAUGACCUCACUAAGGAGGUUAUGAUAGAUGGGUGGUUUCACACAGGUGAUGUUGGUGAAUGGCAACAAAAUGGAAGCCUGAAAAUAAUUGACCGAAAGAAAAACAUUUUUAAGCUUUCACAAGGAGAGUAUGUGGCAGUUGAAAAUCUAGAGAACAUAUAUGGGCUUGUUCCUGAUAUCGAUUCGAUAUGGAUCUACGGGAACAGCUUCGAGUCCUUCCUUGUUGCUAUUUUAAAUCCCAACAAACAAGCUCUCGAGCGUUGGGCUGAAGCCAAUGGAGUUACCGGUGAUUUUGAAGCUCUUUGCCAGGAUCCAAAAGCAAAAGAAUACUUCAUUGGGGAGCUUGCUAAGAUUGGAAAGUCUAAGAAGCUCAAAGGUUUUGAGUUCAUAAAAGCUGUUCACCUUGACCCUGUACCCUUUGACAUGGACCGUGAUUUGCUUACUCCUACCUACAAAAAGAAGCGCCCACAACUACUUAAAUACUACAAGAGUGUCAUUGAUGAGCUCUACAAGAGCACAAAGUGAGUUGAAGAAGCUGCUCGAGUGUUUCAUAAACAAGCAUAGCCCGCUAUUAUCCGGAGCAUUUCAUGUCUGUCUCACAUGUAGAUAUGCAAAAUUCAUGUCUGUCUAUUUGGUACUUGGCAUCAGAGGAAUUAUUUAUUGUCAUUAUAGCUUAUUGGAACAUCAGCCUUACAAUCAGAGUAGCUUCCAUAUGAAGCGUUGUGCUAUAUUAUAUCUCAGGCAUUCAUCAUUAGCAUC